UUUUAUGGUUAGUGGUAGGUUCAAAACGGGGUAAUGGCAGUCAGUAGCGUCAGGCUAACUCCACUCUUAGGAGAUUAAAAUCUUGUUUUUGUUUUACUUUAUAGCUUUUACGACAAAGAUUGUGCAUGAUUACCUUUUACUGUGUUGGUUUGAUUAUUUCGGAAACUUAACAAAGGGCACAGCAAGGGUUUUUUCGAUUUCAUGAAGGCUUACAAUUCAUCAAGAUGCCUCGUCAUCGAGAAAGAACAACAAAUAAGGGAAGAUGGACAAAGGAAGAUUUGGAGAAUGCAAGAAAAUUGAUCAUCGAAGCUAAAUUUUCUAUGCGUGUUGCAUCAAAGAAAUAUGGUAUACCAUUUGCAACGCUUCAGAGAAGAAUGAAAAUGGAUUCGGAGUCAGUAGCAUCAGGUCCAUCAAUGGGACGGAAGGCUGUACUAAGUCCGGCUCAAGAAAAAAUGAUGGUUGGUUCGAUAGAGAUGCUGGGAGAGUUGUUUUACGGUUUGAAUUGUCAGCAAAUACGUUACUUGGCAUAUGAAUUCGCUGAGAGACAAAACAUAAUGCACAAUUUCAACAAAGAGAAAAAAUGUGCGGGACGCGAUUGGUUGGAAGGUUUUUUGAAGAGAAAUCCAACAGUGAGAACUCGCAAGCCAGAACCAACAACGUCAACAGCCAAAAUAGCUGCAUUCAAUUACCAGGAUGUAUCAUCAUUUUUUAAUAAAUUGGAGAACGUCAUGAGGGAGUAUUAUUUUCCAGCGUCAAGAAUAUAUGCGGUUGAUGAAACAGUCAUAACAACAGUGCUCGAAGCCGGUACACUCGGUAUACCAGGUGCUCAUGUAGAGAGACCAAAGGCGAAGGGCGGUGGUGAGGAUCGCGGAAAGAACGUGACGGUUGUACUUUCAAUGAAUGCAGCUGGAUUGUACGUUCCACCGAUGUUUAUUUUUCCACGUCAACGUAUGUCCCAACAAUUGUCACAAAACGGUCCUACAGACGCGAUUUACCAAUGUGUCAAAGACGGCUGCAUAAAUUCGACGUUAUUUUUUAUUUGGCUCGUGCAUUUCAAGGAGCAUGCUAAACCGACUAAGGAACAUCCUUGUUUGCUCAUAUUAGACAAUCACGUGAGUCAUGUGUCACUGAAGAUUCUUGACUUUUGUAAAAAACACGGUAUAAUAUUGCUUCCUGUCCCACCUCACACGUCCCAUCGGCUCCAACCCUUGAACAUUGCUUUCUACGGCCCUCUUAAGAAAGCUUUUAAAAAAGAAUGCGAUUCAUUCAUGAUGAGCCAAUCUCUGAAAAACAUCACUCAGUAUGAAUUGGCUGAAGUUUUUGACAAAGCUUAUACAUUGGUCGCUGAUCCUUUAAAGCCUCUCACUGGUUUCCGUGUCACAGGUAUUUACCCAUUAAAUCGAGCCGUUUUCACGACACACGAUUUCGUAUCGCUCAAAGCUUUACAAUUAGCUACUAACAGUGCUAAUUCCCCAGAAAGUGCCGUAUCCAGUAUCACAGCUACGAGCCAACCCUCCAUGGGUCAUUUUCUUUACAAUAUGGCUGAUAAUCAAGAAAUCAACGUCGCUAAUGCUUCCACAACGAAUAUGCAAAUGUUAUGCAGCGACACUAAUGUCGAGCACAAUUCGUUCAAACCUUUUCCACACACAUCCACCGGGGACCCAGUUGUUUAUUGAUAUUUUUAUACACGUAUUAUCUCGGAAAACUCUUUGUUGUUUUGUAGCGCGAUAUAAAGGCUGCUCAACUCCCAAUCAAACGAAUAAUUUUCUCAACUUUCGGGUACCAAGAUCCCAGGAGAGCUGUAAUUCGAUUAUGAAAACAAUCAUUUUUUAACUGCAGUCAUCAUCUCAUUAUUUAAAAUAUAAAAUUUACAGCACCGGUGAAGUAAAUACUCUAUUUAGACCAAUGGAUAUAUAUUUUUUUGGAAAAUGUAGAAAACCAGAUUUCAUAGACUCAAAGUUAAAAAAAAAAAUAUAUUCAAGUCCUUAAAAUAAAUCUUGUGGUAGAUAAUUGCUGAACAAUCAGUUUCAAUGUUAUCAGACUCCUCCAAAUUGUUGUGAAUCACGUUCAAUAUUAUUUCAUUCCUGAGCACAGGAUAUUUUCGAUACGUAACGUAUUCAGAAAAGAAUAUAUGUUUAUUAUUGUUUCACCUGAAAUAUUAUAAUCACUCUGAAGUACUUGUACAUUGAUCAAUUCGAUUAUAAAAUAAGUUAUAUAUUGUACAUUAAAUGGGUAGAAUUUAUUAUUUCUAUUCUAUAUUCUUGUAUCACUAGUCGUAUACAUAAAACAUAAUGUAAUCAUUGAUGAACAGUACAGAAAUACAUUUUUUUUUUAAAUAAACAUCUGUCAUAUUUUUUAUUCUUCCAUUUUUUCAUUUUAGUCAUUGACACGCCAUCUGCCAUGAUCAAGAAGCUAAUAAAAUUAUAGAAAGAAAACGACUCUACGAAAUUAUGAUUACGUAAACUGAUCGGUGAUGAGACAGAAAUGUAUUGACACUAGCUACGGUCUGGGCAAAAAAACUUAAAUUUCAUUACAUCUAAUUUUAUUACUGUUAUAAGUACUGUAUAGCAAUAUUAUUUGCAUAUUACUAGGAAUAAAUUUGACCUGUAAAUUCAAGAAAAAUUGAUAAUUACUUGAGGAUGGUUUUCAAGUUUUGUAUUUUUCGUUCGUUAUACAGUCACAAAGGUUUCACAUUCGAAGUUUUAGCUAGGAUAAGGGUAAAGAUUGGAAUGUUUGCGCGUACGAAGCGGAAGACAAUAUUUUCGUCUUUUCAUUCGGUGCUUUGUUUUUAUUUGAUUGAAGCACAUAUAUGUUACACUUUCAUACGUCUCUAUCGGAGUCACCAAGAGCCCGGGAAUCACGUAAUAGAAUAUAAUUUAAGCUUGAAUAAUAAUGAUUCAGAUUCAGAUUUUUUCUUUCCUCUAAUAGACGGUGUCUUCAUAAUUUUCUCAGGUGACACGUAAUCCCGGCAUCGCAGAAAACCGUAAGCUUCCUUCGUCCAUAUGAUUUCGCGCAUAUAAAUUUAUGUCAAUACAUUCAACGAAUUCGCACAAUAUCAUCAAUUCAGGAGUGUAGAAUAGCGUUGUAGGCUUGGAAUACUCCAGGUGCAACUUCGACAGAACGAGAUUUGAGUGAAAGCUGAAAUUUACAUGCAGAAUUAGUUUUUGUAUUUCACAUUAUUUCUCCUAUAAAUAUUAAUUGUUUUAUGAUUUUAAGAAAGUGAAUUAAAUUGGAAAAGCAUCUUACGGUAA